UCUCUCUACGAGCAACGAUUAGGACAAGCCCCGCCCCUUCGGCGCUCCCGGGCGGGAGCUUUAGGAUCUUGACGAGGAAGAGUCUUGACUGCCAGCGUGCGUGCGUACGUACGUGUUGGAUGGUGGGACAGCAGCAGUAGUUAAAGGCGUGCACGCGCAGCGCAAUAUGGACUUGGCGCGCUUGUGUCUCAUCGCGUCCACGCUGAUGCUCGUCCACGAGCGCCCAGGCCACGCCUUCUCCCUUAUGAGCCCCAUGGAGCAGGAGGGCCUCACGGUGGAGGUCCCCACGGUGCAGCUCGUCCAGGCGGCGCGCCGGCGAGCCAGACGUUGUUCCUGUGAGAACCACAGAGACAAAGAGUGCAUCUUCUUCUGUCACAUCGGCAUCGUGUGGGUCAACACACCAAGCAAGGUGCUUCCUUACGGGUUUGGCUCGGGUCGACUGAGGAGGGAAGUGGGUCGCUGCACGUGCACAUGCGUGCACGACAUACACUGUGUGGGCUUCUGCGCCACGCAGGUCAGACCGGUAACAAGACGCUGAGCAGGAAGGAGUUUGUCAUCAGGGGCGGGACAUAAAACCUGUGACUUUGGUGUGACUUCAAAGGUCAACGGAAGGUGGCCGUUGCUUUUGCAAUAGAAGGGCUGGUUGACAUGUCAACAUAUUGAAAUGAUAUGGAAAUAUUACACACAUAUGGUAAUGUCAAUAUACAUAUGUAUACUUCCUAUUUUUACAGGUGUGACUUAGGCUGGCCACAAUAAAAGGCCUCUCAAAAAAUGUGCAGUUUAUGUGGGGGUGGGUUUAUGGUAUGGAUGGAGUGGUCCAUGGCACAAAGGCUAUGAAUACUUAUGUACUGUGAAUACGUAUGUAUACGUCUUGCUUUAUUUGUACUACAUGUGCAAACAAACAACCAGCAUGGCCGACGCUGGUGACGUCUGAGUCAACAUCCUACAAACUUGUUGUGAAAGUCCUUCCAGCGCAUCCCCGGUUUCCAUGCAGCGGCACCCGAGUGAGCAAGUCGCACGUUAACCAUUCACGCCGCGGUCCUGUGAUGCUCAAGUGGGACACCCAACAUGACGACCGGACCGCAACGUCCACGGGAAGACAAACUUCAACAAGAGGAAGCAGAUGGGCUGACCCAAGACGGUGGGUGGGAACAGGAACAGGAAGCAGUUGUCAGUCCCGUGUGGCCAUCCAGUCCAGUUGGUCUCUCUCCCGAAUGCCGUGAACACCCGCCAGCUCAUUGGACUUGUAGUAAACUGU